CGCAUCAUUAAAGCGGCUCCCCAGGCGGACUCAGCCCAGUUGAAGUGAAGCUUCUCCGGGUUCAGACCCGUCCGCAGGUCGCUGUGCUGCCGGUUCCCCGGUUCCCCGGUUCUCCGGUUCUCCGGUCCCCCGGUCCCCCGCCGCCGCUGCUCGUCCGCGGACCCUCGUCCCGGUUCGACCCGUAACGACACUUUCCACUUUCAGAGUUCAGGAAGCUAAGUUAGCAUGCUAGCAGGCAGCGGAGGGUGUGUGUGUUCGGUGUCGGUGCAGUUGUGUCGCUGAUGGAGAAGUUGUGUGUUUCCAGAAGAGGAGAAAAGCAGAACAACAGGUAGAAGGAAGAAAAUGUUUGAAAACGUCCUGACAGUGUCCUCUGCCGAGCGGCAGCAGGUCCUCGGAGCUCUGGACCGUCUUCACUCCAAACUGGUCCAGAAGGAGGAGUGGACUCACAGUGACUCUGUGGUGAACCUGAGGGAGACGCUGCAGAGUCCUCUGUUCAACCACAUCCUGACACUGCAGCACUCCAUCAAACAGCUGAGACACCAGCUGAGCAGCAUGCCUCCUGACGCCUGCAGCGAGUUCGGCUUCUCUAAGAAGGGUCAGCUGAUCAUGAGCGCCGCCAGCAGCUCGGCCCCGCCCACCCUCACUGCCUCCGCCUCCUCCAUCCUGACCAAUGGCUCGUCACCACUCAUCAAUCAGGACCCGCCCACACUGGACGUCCUCCAGAAGUGGCUCCUCAUUGCUGCCCAGGGCCGGCACACGGAGCUGGUGUGUCUGACCCGGCCUCUCUCUGGAGGUCUGGGCUUCAGCGUGGUCGGUCUGAACCCAGCAGGAAGCAGCAGUCAGGGGGUGUUUGUGAAGCACGUUCAGCCUGGAGGCAUCGCUCACAGGGACGGACGUCUCCAGGAGCGGGACCAGAUCCUGGUGAUUAACGGUCACCCUCUGGAGCCGGGGGUGGACCAGCAGCAGGCCCUGACCCUCCUGCAGCAGCCCGGAGAGACCGUGGAGCUGAUAGUGGCCCGGGAUCGCCCACCCGGUGCGCUGUCGCCCAUCACACCGGUCAACAAGGAUCAGUGGAGUCACGUGGAGGAGAUCGAGCUGGUGAACGACGGGUCUGGUUUGGGCUUCGGCAUCGUGGGGGGGAAGACGUCGGGGGUGGUGGUCCGGACGCUCCUCCCCGACAGUGUGGCGGACAAGGACGGACGUCUCCGCACAGGUGACCACAUCCUCCGAAUUGGGGCGACGCCCACCACGGGCCUCACCAGCGACCAGGUCGUCAAGGCUCUGCAGGAAUGUGGGAGUCACGUGACCAUGCUGAUUGCCAGGGAUCCUCGAGGUCAGAGGUCAACAGGUCCUCAUCCCCCACCACCUCCAGACUCCGCCCCCGUCUCCUCCCUCUCCCCCCGACCCCCUGAGCUGCCCCUCCAACGCCCUGAACACGCCCCCCAACGCCGCCUCAGCAAGCUGCCCAACCUGGAGGGAUACGAGAUCCACGAGGUUCCUCUCACCAAGAAGGACGGUCAGAGUCUCGGUAUCUCCAUCAUCGGCUACAACCCUCAGACCAGUCAAGACGCAGUCGGAGUGUUUGUGAAACACGUGGUUCCAGGCAGCGCUGCUGACCAGAGCGGAAACAUCUGGGUCUACGACCGACUGGUGGCUAUGGACGGCGUCAGUCUUCACGGAAUGACCAAUCAUGAGGUGCUGGAGGUGAUGAAGCAGACGGGUCAGACGGUGGUCCUCACUGUGGUCAGGAAGAAACCCAGAGCCCUGGAGAGGUCCCUGGAUAAAGUGGAGAGGGAGCCGUCUCGUGUGUCUCUGCAGAGGUCACUAGACGUGAAGUCCUCGACAAUGAAGCUGGAGCAGAUGCACCUGAACACAGGACAGCUCAGCAGAGAAGCAGAACUGAGAGCUAAAUGGGAUCAGGCUCUGGGACCAAAGUACCAAGUCCUGGUGGUGGAGUUGGAUCCUGUCAUUGAAGAUGAUGCAGAGCUGCAGAAGUCCUCUAAACUGCUGCCUGUGCACACGCUGCGUCUCGGUGUGGAGCUGGACUCGUUCGACGGUCACCACUACAUCUCGUCUGUGGCCCCUGGAGGCCCCGUGGACAGACAUGGGGUGUUGAGACCAGAGGACGAGUUGCUGGAGGUGAACAAUGUUCAGCUGUACGGGAGGACUCGUCGUGAAGUGGUGUCGUUCCUUAAAGAGGUUCCUCCUCCGUUCACACUGGUCUGCUGCCGACACCCGACCUCCGACCUGGAGCCAGAACCAGAACCAGAGACUGGGUCUGAGUCUGAUCCGGACUCAGGACCCGGACGAGGAGCGGCAGGACGAUCGCAGCCCAGCGUGGAGGAGAUCGAGUUGAAGUUGUCGGCGAUGCUCUGCAGUCAGACGGUCCUGAGAGACCAACAGCAGCAGGUAGUUACACAGGAGCAGGUAUUAUUAUCAUCAUCGGAGGAGGAGGAGGAGGAGGAGGAGGAGGAGGAGAGUCAACACAGCCAGGAGGAGGAGGAGGAGGAUGAUGAAGGGGAGCUGGCUCUGUGGUCACCAGACAUUCAGAUGUUGGAGCUCCAGAAGGAGCGAGACAAAGGCCUCGGCUUCAGUAUCCUCGACUACCAGGACCCGUUAGAUGCUGGUCGCUGUGUGAUGGUGAUUCGCUCGUUGGUUCCUGGCGGGUCAGCAGAGCGUCACGGUGGCCUACUUCCCGGAGACCAGCUGGUUUCAGUCAACCACAUCCAGCUGGACCUGCUCACCUUGGCCCAGUCUGUGGAGGUCUUAAAGUCUAUCCCAUCUGGCACUGUCCGCCUGGGUAUCCGGAAGCCUCUGGUGGUGGAGCCGACAGAGAGGAGCCGACAGGACGACAACACAACGUCUCUCAUCAACACGCAACUGCUUGUUCCAAAGGGUUUCGGUGACGGCUCCAUCCUGCCUGAAGACCUUCUCCGGGAAGAAGAGGAGGAGGAGGAGCCAGAGCUUAUCCUGGAUGGAGGUCUGCCUCGCUACGCCACCUCCUCCCUGACUUUUGACCUCCUGCCUGUAGAAGAGGGUAGGGAGAUGGCUGUGGACGAGGAGGAGAUGAAGACGACUGAAGAAAGAGAAGAGGAGAAGAUGGACUCUCUCUCCAGGAAACCUCCCCCGUCAUGGGAGGAGUGGAGGCUCACCUCCUCCAGCCGAGGUCGACCAGAGGAGAGCUGGAGUCAGAAGCAGGAUGACGAGCAGAUGUCAGAGCGAGAAAGUAUCGUGUCUGAAGGAAACCAGAUCCUGGACUUCAGAGACAGUGAAGCAGACUCGGAGCUCACUCUGACAGACACCGACACAGAGAUGAUUGACAUGGGGAGGAGGAAGAGGCGGACCCAGGGAGGAGCCUCUCUACCAAUCAGAGGAGGCCACAGGAAUCUUCCUGAACGAGAGGAGGGGGAGGGAGAGGAAACUCCUGCCUUCAGUCACUGGGGACCCCCCCGCAGGGUGGAGGUGUGGGCGGAGGAGGACGAGUCCCUGGGCCUGAGCAUCGUGGGAGGUCAUCACGUCAUCAAGCGUCUGAGGAACGGAGAGGAGCUGAAGGGAAUCUUCAUCAAACAGGUUCUGCCAAAGAGUCCUGCAGACAGGACGCAGUGUCUGAAGACCGGAGACAAGAUCCUGGAGGUGUCAGGUGUUGACCUACGAGCUGCCAGUCACGAGGAGGCGGUCAGUGCCAUUAAAUCAGCUCCGAUUCCGAUCGUCUUCAUCGUCCAGAGUCUGUGUGCGACGCCUCGGCCUGUCUCUCUAACAGCUCCCAGCUUCAUUAAACACAAAGCGCAGACGAUGGCCUCUCUGAGAACCACGCCCCCUCUGAGACAGCCCCCGCCCUACACUCCUCCCAGCCAAUCAGAGAACGAGCUGAACUCUGACCUCGAGCAGGCCAAAGAGCGCUGGUGUGAGCGAUACGGAGACCUGCAGGGGGAGCUGUUGUGCGUGGAGGUGGAGAAGGAGCGUCAGGGUCUGGGUCUCAGUCUGGCAGGAAACAGGGAUCGCUCCCUCCUCAGCAUCUUCGUGGUCGGACUCAGUCCUGGAGGAGCCGCGGCUCGAGACGGACGCAUCCGGGUGGGAGACGAACUGCUGGAGAUCAACAACCAGAUUCUUUAUGGGCGGAGUCACCAGAACGCGUCGGCCAUCAUUAAGAGCGCCGGCUCCAGGGUGAAACUCAUCCUGCUCAGAAGUGAAGAUGCUAUAAACCAGAUGGCUGUCCACCCUUUCCCUCCUCCCCCUCCUCCCCCUGUGCUCAGCCCUGAGGGCGUCUUUCCAGCUGCCCCUGGUGUCCCCGCCCCCUCAGAAGGGCCGUGCCCCCCCGACAGCCUGGCGCUCCCCCCGCCACCACCAUCCUCCUCCUCCUCUUCAUCGUCUGAGACAACGGCGAGCCUGCCUCCCACUCACCUGUGCGGUGAAGCUGAGGUGGUAACCGGGACGGACCCGUCGCCACCGGACCAGACGUACGAUGAGGCCGAACGCAGCCACAGGACCAGAGGCAGCGUGAGCGCCCCCCAGAGUCUGAGGGAGGCCAACACCCUCAGAAAGAGACAAAAGGAGUCCCCAGUUACCGAGCUGCAGGCCCCCCGGGCGUUGCUGGAGCACCAGUCCUGCAGGUCGUUCAGCAGCUCCAGUAAACAGACAGCAGCUGCUCCUCUGAUCAGCCCUGACCUGGAGACUGUUAACAGAGACCCGUCGUGCUGUGCCGUGGUUCCUGGUCAGGAAAUGAUCUUAGAAAUAUGUAAAGGUCGAUCGGGACUUGGACUGAGUAUAGUGGGAGGAAGAGACACACAGCUGGAUGCCAUAGUGAUCCAUGAGGUGUAUGAGGAAGGAGCCGCAGCCAGAGACGGUCGCCUGUGGGCAGGAGACCAGAUACUGGAGGUCAACGGGGUCGACCUCCGGGGAGCGUCCCACGAGGAGGCGAUCGCCGCCCUGCGUCAGACGCCAGCUAAGGUUUGCCUGACGGUGCUGAGGGACGAGGCUCAGGACCGAGACGAGGACAACCUGGACAUGUUCCAGGUGGAGCUGCAGAAGAGGAGCGGCAGAGGACUGGGACUCAGCAUCGUCGGGAAGAGGAGUGGCAGUGGUGUGUUUAUCUCUGAGGUGGUCAGAGGGGGCGUGGCUCAGCUGGACGGUCGUCUAAUGCAGGGAGAUCAGAUCACGUCAGUGAACGGAGACGACACGCGACACGCCUCGCAGGAAACUGUGGCCGCCAUUCUGAAGUGUGCUCGGGGUCCGGUCCUGUUGGAGCUCGGCCGAUUCAAAGCUGCAUCCUGGAUCUCAUCCAGACGUAUCUCACAGGGAAGUCAGAUGAGUCAUGUGAGUGGAGGCAGCUCAGGUGUUGUAGCUCCGCCCCUCACUCAGCCUCCAGCCUCAUCUGACCCCCCCGCCUCCAACCUUGUGGCCGUGACCUCCUCCCCGACCUCCUCCAUGACCUCCUCCAUGACCUCCUCCUUGACCUCCUCCAUGACCUCCUCCUUGACCCUGCUCAUCAACAACAACGUCACGUCCACCUCUGACAUCACUUCCUCCUCUGCCAACAACACAGGCUCCCGCACAGUGACAUUCACACGGGGCGUCAGUGACUCCCUCGGGGUGAGUGUAGCGGGGGGGAAGGGGAGCCCGCUGGGCGACAUCCCUAUCUUCAUCGCCAUGAUUCAGGCCAAUGGAGUCGCCGCCAAGACGCAUCAACUCAAGGUCGGAGACAGGAUCGUCAGUAUCAACAGUCAGUCUGUGGAAGGUCUGUCACACAGUGAGGUCGUCACCAUGCUGAAGAACAGCUACGGAGACAUCAACAUGCAGGUGGUCGCAGACACCAACAUCAGCGCCAUCGCCACUCAGGUGGAGAGUUUGUCCGGCAGCUUUAGUCUGACGGACAACACGGACACACACACAGCAGAACCAGAGGGUCCGCGGCCCCGCAGCAUCAGUCUGGAGAAAGGCUCUGAAGGACUCGGCUUCAGCAUCGUUGGAGGAUUCGGGAGUCCACACGGGGACCUGCCCAUCUACGUCAAGACCGUCUUCAGCAAGGGAGCGGCGGCGGUGGACGGGCGUCUGAAACGAGGCGACCAGAUCCUGUCGGUGAACGGAGAGAGUCUCCAGGGAGCCACGCACGAGCAGGCCGUCGCCAUCUUGAAGAAACAGAGAGGAAGUGUCACACUGGACAUCCUGUCAUAACACACAGCUCCUCCCAUCGGUGUGAGGACGCUCAUCCACAUUAUGCAUCUUCCAGCUCUGACACUUUCACUGGAUUCAAACCUGAAACUGAUACGUCUUUUGACAAGCAGACAGACAGACACACACACACACACAGACACACACACACACACACACACACACACGCACACGCACACGCACACGCACACACAGGGCUCAGGGCCUCGACAGAGACGUUCAUGAACUAAAGGGAAGUGAAGUGAACGCUGCUGCACACGUUAGCUUAGCAUCUCCUCUGUGUAAAGACUGGUUAGCUGUUAGCAUGGAGUUAUUAUUGUAAAUGUGGAAUCAUCUGGAACAUCUGGAGCAGCACAUGACCAUGGACACGCCUCCUGUCGUGUUUCCUGUUAACGAACCUUCGGCCACUUUGUGCAGUUUGCCUGUUUAUUGCUGAAGCUCAAAUGAAAACUGUGCCAGAAUUAUGUUUGUAUAAUAAAAUCAUGUAUUGAUAAGUUAUAGAUCAGUUAUUGGUCUUUACUGAGAAACAUCUCUGUGUCUCCAGGUGGAGACUGUUUGACCUCUGACCUUCUGCUGCAGGACUGAUCGAUUAUAGAACCUGUUAUUGAUGAUUUAUAACGUCCUGGGAUUUAUUAGAAAGUGAUUUUAUUCAUGUUUCACCAACAUGUAUGAUUUCAUCAUCACUAAACAGUCUAAAUCAAUAAGGUCAAAAUAUUAAGAUAAUCCAAACUGUCAUAAAUCUGUUUUUAAAUCAACUCAUUCUCUUGUUUUAUGAUCACGUCUAUGAAAAGGAAAAGUGAAGUGACAACAAAAACUGAUCCGAUUUAAAUGAAGUUAAAGACAUGAAAUACAAAUUAGAUGAAUAAAUUAAUAAAGUAAGAAUCAUGAGACAAAGUAAAAGCAACAGAAAAAGGUUUCUGAUCCACAGACUGUGGAAAUGAGUUCAUAAAUGUUCGUAUUGAUAAACGUCUGCAGCUGAAGGUCAGAGGUCAAACUGUCAAUCAGAGAUGUCUCAGAGAGAGAGCUUCUUCUAAUGACUAAUAACUGAUCAAUAAAUGAUUGAUAAGUCUUCAAUGAUCCAUCAUUUACAGCUGAUAAACUUUAGAAUGAAAGCGUUUCCCCUGUGAUGCUCAGGGUGUGACAUCACUGCAGGGGCGUGGCCACAGGUGUCUCACUUCUGACAUCGUCUGAUACAAUUAGUUGGAUUUUUUAUUUCAGUGAAAUUGUAUUUCCAUAAACUAGUUGUUAUAUUAUUGUUAUUCAGUUAUGAACUCUAAUAUAAAACAAACUACUGAUGAGACUCAGGACUCGGUCGUCAUGGAGACGCUCUGUCGCUCCCGGCAACCGAUGCAGUGUCUCACACUCGCUUGUUACCAUGGAGACAAAUGUGACAGAUCAUAAAAAGACGAAGUUAGUGAAAAACUUCUGCUUCAGACAUUAGCCUAGCUUAGCACAAACACUAGAAGCAGAGGGAAAGUGCUAGCAUUAAAACCACACAUGGAAAUUUACUGAUGGAAAGUUUGAUGAAACAACUUCACGUGAUUCUGUCAAAUUCCAAACCUUCAAAACUUCUUCGGAAAAUGUUGAAUAUUUACUGGUUUUUUUGUCAAAUGUCACAGUAAACUGAUAUUUUCAUUGGUAGAUUUAGAGAUUCACUGAGGUUUAAUGUUUAAAUAUGGAAAUGACUUAGAGAUUUAAAGAACAUAGAUCUGCGUUCUGGAUAAAACCAGGUUCAAACUUCUUGUUUCAUAUUGACGACAUGUUGGACUCAAGGUUUGUUCAGAAAACAUCUGGGAUCAAAUUCACCUUCAGCGUGUUUUUUUGUGCAGAAAAUAAAAAUGUAAAUUAGAUUGUGAAUGACACAUAAACAGACCUUCAGAAUAAAAGUCAAUCAGUGAAACUAUAAUUUAACUCUAAGACACAAACUGAAAUGUGUAUUUGAUAUUAUUUCCUCUGGUCUGACAGAAAAACAAAGAAGUUGUGCUUUAACCUUAUAUUUCCAUCUCUGCUGUCAGACUUCAAACUGAUUAGAAUUUAAUUUAAACUCUGAGAUCAGAUCUGACUUUUGUUCAGACUGAGAACAUGAGGAUUUGUUCAUUUGUAACUUCCUGUUUCAUUGACAUGGACUUUGUCAGCCAAAUGUACAAUACUUUUUUAUUUUCAUCUUUUUGUGUCUUAAUUGAAAUUGUAUUUUCUUUCUCUGUUGAGUCUGUAUUGAUGUAAUUUAUUUUUUCAUCUCACUGGAAAAGAAAACUUGAAUUUGUUGUUUAACGUCUUAUUUCUUCAUAAUUUCCUUCUAACAUGAUUAAAACUCAUUUGAAUGAA